AAAGCUCCGAAGUCAGAACAACAAACUAUUUCUCACAGCCGCAGACUGAGUUAUAGUGACAUAUUUAAGUGUUAACCGGUGAAACAUUAGCUCAUGACUGUACGGUGGUUUCAGGAAAUGUUCAUUUAAAGAAUUAUUGCACUUAACGACCAACUAAAGCGAUGGAGUUGUCUCCUGUCUGCACUGACGGCAUCAGCACAGAUGGAUGUAACGUUAUUAAAUCUGACAGAGGGCCCCGGAGAAACAAAGUCUCAAGGGAUGUGGAAAUAGAUAUUGACUUGCUCUACAAAGCCGUCCCUCAGCUGGCCAAGGUUUUCCGCAUCAUAGACAAAAUCGGAGAAGGGACGUUCAGUUCGGUGUAUCUGGGUGAGGCUCAGAUGCGGGAUGGGAAAAGAGAGCUGUUUGCCCUGAAGCACCUCAUCCCAACCAGCCAUCCUACACGCAUCGCUGCUGAGCUUCAAUGUCUUACUGUUGCUGGAGGCAGAGAAAGUGUGAUGGGGGUGACUUAUUGCUUCAGGAAGGAGGACCACGUGGUGAUUGUCAUGCCCUAUAUGGAGCAUCAAGCUAUUGUGGACAUUAUUGGCUCACUGAGCUUUGAAGAGGUCCGUCUGUACAUCUAUCACCUGUUGAAGGCUCUGAGACACAUCCACCAGUUUGGUAUCAUUCAUAGAGACAUCAAACCAAACAACUUCCUCUAUAACAGGAGCAGCAAAACGUAUGCGCUGGUGGACUUCGGCCUGGCUCAGGGGACAGCAGACACCCAGAUUGAGCUGCUGAAGGUGGUGAGGCAGAGGACAUCACAGAAAGGUGGCGGGUCCACAGGGAAACAAGACACCACACAGCGGAGUAAACCACAACCUAAACUCCCUCCCAAGACCACCACAGCCUCGACCUCACUACCUCCGAGAACCACAACCUUGCCACCUUCCUCCUCCUCUUCCUCCACCACCACCACAUCUUCCUCGGCCACUCGAAAGGCGCUGGUUAAAAAAGCACGUUCUGUCACCACCACUGCCACCACCACCGUCACCACCUCCACCUCUCGCACAAAGCACACAAAGGAUUUGACAGGACUACGCAAAGUGCCACGGCCUGUGUUUGGAGAGAGGAACCUGAACAGCUGCACUGCAGCUCCAUCCACCGCCAAACAAGCUGCCAUUAAGACCGAGUUGGUAAAGCCGAGCAAAACAGAGGACCCAGCCAGCCGAAGGUACUCUUCAGCCAGCCGGGGCCCGCUUCCUGUCAGGACCCAGAACGCCAGUCAGAAACCUCAGAAGGCCGUGCAGCAGGGCCUCACCUGUAACUGCUACAUGACCGACCGUGUCUGCAACAUCUGCCUGUCCAGGAAGCAGCAGGUGGCUCCCAGGGCUGGAACUCCAGGUUUCAGAGCACCAGAAGUUCUCACAAAGUGUCCCAACCAAGGAACAGCCAUAGACGUGUGGUCAGCUGGUGUGAUCCUGCUCUCACUGCUCAGUGGUCGUUACCCAUUCUUCAAAGCCAGCGAUGACCUGAUCGCCCUCACUCAGAUCAUGACCAUACGAGGCUCCAGAGAGACCAUCCAGGCUACCAAAGCAUUUGGCAAGGCUGUGGUGUGCAGCAGAGAGCUGCCUCAGCAGGACCUCAGGACGCUGUGCGAGACUCUGAGAGGACGAAGGCCAUCACCAGACGAUGAAGUCACACCGCUUCCUGAGGCCAGCAAAGACUCCACCGCCAUCAGUCAUCACAAAAUCCAAGAUGAUACACCCACACACCGUCCCGCUGAAGGAACAUUCAAGCAACACAAACACGAAGCAGGUGAAACUGCUUCAUCUCUACCAAACCACCAGGAACAUUCAGGGAACACAGGAACCCCUCGCCUCAUCAAACAGAGCUCAGAGACGAACUGUAAGGUGGAGGAAGAUGAGCGGGGCUGGGACAGAGUUCCUGAUGAGGCCUACAAGCUGCUGGACCGACUGCUGGACCUGAACCCUGCCACCAGGAUCACAGCUGCUCAGGCCCUGCAGCACCCGCUGUUCAAAGACCUGUGAGACCGCACGCUGUCACGGGACCAGGAGUCUCACGUCAAAACAACUUAAGCUUAUUCUCUGCAGGAAUUAUUGGUUACUUGUGAUCAGUCUCACCAGUGAAGAUGAAAGACAAUUCCAGAUGCACGUGUUUUGUAACAAGCUUAGUCCACUUAGCAUUAAUGCUGCAUUUCAUUUACCCUGGAAGUUGGAGCUGGGAAUGAUGUCACACCCAAGUUGACCGCAUUCAAGUCAGGAAACCAAGAUGUUGUACUAGUUGGUAACGUGUUACGCUGUAUUUUGCGCAUACAAACGCUGUAGCAACAAGUUUACAGACAGAAGUUGGACAGGACUGUGUGUGCGACUGUUUUAAUGUGGCACAAUAAGACAGAAGCGCUAAUAAACAUAUUCAGCAUUCACUACUGUUUAUGCACAGAGUAGCCAUCUUGGAUUUUUAGGUUGGGUUUGGUGAGGCUCUGCUGGCUUUUGGAGUCAGAAAUACAACUUCAUGGAGAAUUUGGAAACUUUUACUUCCAGUGCAACUGUAACGCACCGAAAGCUUCACUCUGUCCAUGAUUUCUGUGGUUUCCUCUUGGAUGCCUGCUGCUUACGUUUUGGCACCUGGCCUUUUCCUUUUUAUAAAGCUCCGACCUCACCUGUGUGCUGUGCCCAGGAACGUCCCCACCACAGCAGCACAGAGUCUGAUAAGUCUGAUGUUUUAAGCAAAGUAGAGAGAAGUUUACAUCCCUGUUUGGUUAAAUUACCUGAACACCACAACUGAUACAUCUCUGUGUGGGGAGAAAACAUUUCCUCUCAAUUUUCUCUCUCCCACUGACCCAUUAAAUGGUUCAUAGAUUUUAAUAUGACUAUCAAUUUAUGACAGGUUUGACUUGCUGGUGCACACACCUGCAGUUCAUGGCAGCUACGGUACAAAGUACUUUCAAAAUGGGCAUUUUAAAGGGCUCUGGAUGUGCACUGUUAACUAUAACGAAGAGACAGGAAGAGUAUUGACUUGAGCCAGACUAUUGGCUUUUGUGUCGAUGGUUGAUCGGUUUUACAGCUGAAGGUACCCGAUUUUCUCUGUGGAGACACGGAAUCGGCAAGUUACAGCUGUACACUGUCUGGUUAUAUUGGUUUUUAUUUUUACACACUGCGUUUUUACUUCAAAGACCAAAAGAGAAGAAUACAAAACGUAAGGGAUCUUGUUAAUGUGGGCUGUCGGCUAUAGUGGUUCCGAACUGGUCCAGAUUUCUCCGUAGUCAUUAGUUCAAGGUCCACACAGUUUGAUAUUUAGCGUCAUACUUUCAUUUGGCCAUGUGGUUGGCUGGUUUGCUGUUUCUAUUAAGCAGCUGUCUGUUAGUCACUCACUCUACAGCAGGAAACAGCACUUUCAAUAAAAGCUUGUGCCAAAAAUUCACUGUGCUUCAAAAUAUAGUGUGUUUUUUACAAACUUGACAUGUUUCAGAGUCACUUGUGGUCCAUUCAGAAUGGACCUGAGACCCACCAGUUGGGAACCACUGAGCCAGAAGGUCAAAAAGGAGAAAAACCUUGUUAAACACUUUGUCAUAGUCUGAACUGGGUCUUGUUGAGAGGGGAUAGUCUGUAUGCUUUACUGUUGUCACUGCUGCCAAAUCAGCAUAUUACUGCCAUAUGAAACGACUAUUUCUAAAGUAUAAAAGGGCUUUUAAUAUAAAGCUGCCUAUGAAUUCCAUCUGUUAUAAAUUGUGUGUGAAUUUAGCUGUAUGAGAAUGUGUCUGUUGCAGAUGUGUUAAUUUAUAACACUCUAAAGUGGAUUUUCUAAUAAAGGGAGAAAAGAAAGCAAAUGGCUGCCAUUUACAGUAUAUGACAUCUGACAUAAUAUGUGGAGUAUAUGAGGUGCCAACUACCUCAGACUGUGUCCUUGAGGCGGCCACAGGUUGGUUUCCAGCCCAUGGCCCUUUGUUGCAUGUCCUCCCACCCCUUCAUGCUAUAACUGUUCUAUCAAAUAAAGGCAAAAAGCUCCAGAAAAUUGACCUCCAGCAUGCACUGGGGUGGUUUGCAGCUAGGUGUGAAACCGUCGUGAUGAGAGUCAGCACCUCCAAAUCUGAAGCCAUAGUUCUCUGCCGGAAACCGGUGGAUUGUCCCCUCCAGGUUGGGAGAGAGUUACUGCCUCAAGCGAGGGAGUAUCUCGGGGUCUUGUUCACAAGUGAGGGUAGAAUGGAGCAUGAGAUGGAUCAGCGGUUUGGUGCGGCCCCUGCAGCGAUGCGGACGCUGCGCCGGACUGUCGUGGUGAAGAGGGAGCUGAGCCGGAAGGCGAAGCUUUUGAUAUGCUGGUCCAUCUACGUCCCAACCCUCACCUGUGGUCAUGAGCUCUGGGUAAUGACUGAAAGAAAGAUUGCGGAUACAAGCGGGGCUCAGCCUUAGAGACAGGGUGAGGAGCUCAGACAUCCAGAGGGAGCUCGGAGUAGAGCCUCUGCUCCUUCAUGUCGAAGAGAGUCAGUUGAGGUGGUUCAGGCAUCUGAUCAGGAUGCCACCCUUUAGAGGUGUUCCGGGCACGUCCCACUGGUAGGAGGCCCCAGGGCAGACCCAGAACACGCUAGAGGGAUUACAUAUCUCGUCUGGCCUGGGAACACCUUGGGGUCCACCAGGAGGAGCUGGAAAGUGUUGCUGGGGAGAGGGACGUCUGGGGUGCUUUGCUUGGCCUGCUGCACCCGGGACCAAGCCUCGGAUAAGCGGAUAAAAAUAGAUGGAUGGAUGGAAUAACAUAUGGAGCAUAUAGUGUACUGAAAAUUAACAUAACAUUAUCAUACAUCAUUACUAAUCAUCACUGUAAUUACUCAUAAAGUUGAUGAGGCUCUCAUUACCCUCUUCUACUAAUAGUUUUGCAAUUAAGGUGUGAAUUUCAUAAAUUCAGGGUUCUCAUGUGUCCUUGAAAGGCCUUUAGAGUUUUUUUUAAAAUACACGAAUAGUCAUGGGUCAUUCAAAGUGCUAUAAUUUUUUAUAUUUUGCCCAUUAAAAGAAAUGCUCUGUCUUGUAUUUUUUUGCUGUGCUGUGUUAGAGAAGGCAAGAGAGAGACAACAUGGUCUGCCAUCACUGUAAAAUGGCACAGUCAAGCUUCUGUCUUCUUAAUUGUGAGUCUUUUUAAAGCCGGCUGGCUUGAUCUGUGUCUCAAACUGUGCCCUGUUGGGUCCUUAAAUUUGUCAAAUCAUCAAAAUUACUCUGGAGGCAUAUUUCA